AUGAGCCUUUUGCUGAGCUCGAAGCUUAUAUCUCCAGUUUCCAGGCGCCAAUUUAGCCAAAGUAACGCUAUAUUUUCACACAUUGGAUCGCUCCCCGUAUACACCACACAGGAAACCAAAUUCGAUGUCUCAGAGUUGAGGCCGGCAUAUGUGAUCAGAAAAGGCAAUAAGUCGCUGAAGCUAUCACAGAUUUUCUCCAUAAAGGGCCCUAAAGGCUCGCUUUACAUGCGUGUUCCAGAAUUCGUCAGUGUGCAUGAGGACACAGAUGCCGGGAAACUUUCUGUUUCGGUUCGAGACGAGGCUGAUAAAAUGCAAAAAUCUCUAUGGGGCACUGUCAGAAGCCAUUUACAUAACCAUGUGGUCGGUGUUAACGAGGGUCAUAUGGCGGUUCUUAAAUUUGUGGGGACUGGUUACCGAGCACAGGUUGAACAAGACGGCAAAUUUGUGAGCGUUAAAGUGGGUGCCUCCGUCAUGCAAGGGCUUCCGGUACCAGUCGGCAUCACCGUGGCAUCGCCAACUCCAACGUCGCUUAUCAUCGAAGGCUGUGACAAACAACAGGUAUACCUCUUUGCCGCCAACUUGCGCAAAUUCCAUCCCCCAGAACCUUAUAAGGGUAAAGGUAUAUACAUCAACGAUGAGAAAAUCACUCUAAAGGACAAGAAGAUCAAAUAG